AUGACGACUACGGCUCUGACACCGGAGACCUUUGCUUUGGCUCCCAUAAUGGGACCCGCUCAACCCAGUCACGACGGUACUCGAGCCCUAUACACCGUAUCAAGAUACACGAAGCUCUCGGGUGAGUUUAAGGAAAUAUGGAUUAUGGAGAUCAGCACCGGAAACUCCUAUAAGAUCCUCCAACGAGCUAAGAUAUACAACGUAACUUGGUUAGGGGAUGACUCUCGAACAAUAAUCUUCUUCAAUUCUGGGAGCCCGACCGAGUUCCAUGCGAUUAACAUGGCCAACCAAUUGUCGUACUGCAUCGGUAUUUUCCCGAUGUCUGUGUUUUCCUUCAAGACAAAGCCCCUACCCAAUGGUUCUGUUGCUGUUGUCGCUGUUGGUGAAGGUACCGAGGAGUUUGCGAAAUCGCCGCACACGGCAAAGAUUUACCAGAGCGCCAACCUGGUAGAUGGCGUAAACGGCCCUCGAGUAAUCGAUCCGAGCGACCAUCCAGAGACCUCGCGUGACAAGAUCCUCUACACCACUCUUGAGAAGAAUGGAGAUGAGUGGAAAUUCACCAGCCCUAUGAACGAUGUCCUUCUGGGCACCAGCCUUGAAACUUCACGAGACGGAAACAACUACGAUAUAUGCGAAAACGGAAUUGUAUUUGGCGCGAGAGAUAGCACUAAAGUAAACAGGCUGAUGGGAGACGAGUUCAACAUUUACUACACCAAAAUUCAUUCCUUCGCGGCAAAUACCAACGUCGUGUCCAUCCGAAUAGAUGACUCCAGAGGGUUUAAUAGGUUAGGUAAACACCCUCGAUUCAGCCCGGACGGUAACGAAAUCGCGCUUAUAAUUGGAUCGAUGAUGAAGAUGAGCGAUCGUGUUUUCGUCAUCCCGAUACGCGAUAGUGUUGAGUUUUCCCCCGAUGGCCUGGCCUUGUUUGUUACUGCGGAUGACCAUGGUAGAGUUGCUCUAUACAAACUCAGCCUCUUGUUCGAUCCGUUUGGAUCUGGGAGCAAUAGCAAUGCGUCCCCCAUCUCGCUCUUGCGUAGCAAUGGUUCUGUGGAAUCAUUCUUUCUCCUUCGCCGAGGUAACGCGGAGGAACUUCUGGUCAGUAGCUCGAGCCUACUCGAAAGUUCACUCUACCACAUCAUCAGCACGGACGAAGAGCGUAUACCUCGAGUAGUUUUAUCGGCCACACAAAAUGGUGCUCUAUUUGGCCUAUCGCCACGCCAAAUUUCGCAGAUAGAGUUCAAAGGAGCCGGCGACUAUCGUGUCCAUGCUUGGAUGGUGACGCCUAGUAGUUUUGAUAACUGGCGUCGGUAUCCCCUGGCCAUCCUCGUACAUGGCGGUCCACACCUGGCAUGGAACGACCAGUGGGGUAACAAUAACCCGGUGCUUUGGGCUGAACAAGGCUAUAUAGUUGUGGCUCCUAAUAUCCUCGGAAGUACAGACUAUGGCAAUGAUUUUAUACAUGAUAUUUAUGGAGACUUCGAUCGCACCACUCUUCCGACUCAGGAUUUGAUGAACUGCACGGAGCAUCUCGAAGCAAAUCCUAAUGUCGAUACCGGAAACGCCGUCAUUUUCGGCCAUAGCUAUGGAGGUCUCCUGAUGAACUGGAUCCAAGGUCAUGAAUUUGGACAACGGUUCAAAUCCAUAGUAUGCUCUGGCGGUAUAAUUCAUUGGCGUCGCUACGCAGGACGCCCCUAUCCUGACGAUCCGGACGAUUACUUUUACGGCGACGACCCGUCACAGCCGCAUCUCCUCAAGGAGUGGAAGACACCGAUGCUCAUCAUUCAUGGCAAAAACGACAAUACCUGCAAAUUUGAGGAAGGUCUAGCAGCUUUUAAUAAUGCCUGUGCGAGGAAUGUGUUGUCGAGAUUCGUUCAAUUCGAUAAUGAAGGACAUAGCAUACGCGGCCGGGAGAAUCAAGUCCGGUGGUUCAACUUUGUAUUCGACUGGAUUAAUUGGUACACAGGUCUUCAAGGGGGGAAUGGCGCGGCACUGCCCGCCACCCAUCCACAACCUUUGUAG